CCCCCCCCCCCCCCAUCUGCUCGGUGGGAUACGAAAGAGGGUUUCUUUUCCUCUCUCUCUCUCUCAAUCUUCCUCCUCCUCCUCUGAUGCUAAGGAUUAAACCCUUUUCCUCUUCCUUCCCUCUUCCCUUUCUUCUUCUUCUUCUUCUCUGACCCAGAAGGGGAAGAAGAAACGCCUCUAAAAAUCCCAGCAGUUUCAGAGUCCUGUGCGUUUAAUACUACAGAGACCUCUCCUCUUCCAUGGACACAGCUUCCUUUGAUGUCGCCCCACAAGGGUUCAACGGCAUAGACUCAAUGGUCGACCCCUUCUUGGUGGAGGCUCUCCAGAAUCCUCGACAUCGUCUCACCAUUUUACGAAUGGAGCUUGAUAUCCAGAAGUUUCUGCAUAAUCCGGAUCAGCAGCAUUUUGAGUUCCAGCAUUUUCCUACAUCAUACCUUCGACUUGCUGCUCACCGUGUUGCUCAACACUAUGGCCUUCAAACCAUGGUUCAGGACUCUGGUGUAGAUGGUUUUGGAAAUAGGAUCUUGGUUCGUAAAACAGCGGAAAGCAGACUCCCUUCUGUGCAUUUAUCUGAAAUACCUGCAAAGCAAUUGGACAAUGAGAAACAUGAGCAGGUCAAAAUUGUUAUCAGACCCAGGCCUAACAAAAUGUCUGAAAUUUCUGCCAAUGAUGGAGGUCUCAAACAAAGUUCUGUCAGGAGCGUGGAAGAGAGAAAGGAGGAAUAUGAUAGGGCACGAGCUCGAAUCUUCAGCUCCCCAAGUAGCCCUGAAUUAGAUGAUACAACAUCUCAGGCCCCAUCUGAAGGAAAGUACGUUUGCUCGAACAGGGAUGAGACUGAAGGCUGUAGAACUUUGGGUAUUGAUUUGGAAAAAUUUAAUGGCAGGGAUGCCAUGACUUCUCGGGUUGCCAUUUUCAAAGAUAGGGAAAAGGAUCGUAGCGACCCUGAUUAUGAUCGCAAUUACGAUAGGUAUAUUAGGAACCUUCCAAUCAAUCAAAACUUUAGCUUGGCGCCCUUUGUUAUGCCUAAAAUUCAGCCUCCAUUUGUGCAAUACGAUUCGGGUUAUUCUCUCAUGGGUCAUAUACCUGGAACUCAAGCUUCAGUUAGCUAUGGGCCUCAUCCGAGUCCUGCUGUAAGCCCUUUCUGCACAGUGGGUUUAAACCAAACAUCUAGAGAUGCAUCUUAUGAACAGUGGCAGAGUGCUGCAAUGAUGUAUGCCCAUUCGUACAACCAGCUCAGGCAUUCUGCUUUUCAGGCCCCAUUCAUCCAGCAACCCCUCAGCUUUGACUAUUCACAAAACCAUUAGACAAUGAGGAGUUUAGGUGAAAAAAAAAAAACAGUUUACAACUAGAUUUUGUACCUGUAGGGGUUGCCUUUUACUCUGCUUUGACUGCUUGGAACUCAGUUCUAGUUUGUGCCUCUUUUGUUCUUCAUUUGGAGCUUUAUUCUAAGAAUCUGUAAGGAUUGAGGAGUUUCUGAUAUCAUUCCAUUAGCUGAAUUUCUUCAUCUCA